UCUGCUUAAUCGAUCAAGUCACAACUAGCAGAAGAUGAAAGUCAACACUACCCACUUCUUCUACCUCUGCUUUCUCCUAUUUGUGUUUUCCUCGUCUGCAGAGUCUUUCUUAGAAAAAAUCUCCAUUAAUGAAGAAGAAGAAGAAGAUAUCAAAAGAUCACAUUUCCCAGAUGGGUUUCUCUUUGGAACAGCCACUUCUGCAUAUCAAAUCGAAGGAGCAUAUCUUGAAGAUGGCAAGAGUCUUAGUAACUGGGAUGUUUUUAAUCAUAUCCAAGGAGACAUAAAGAAUGCAGAAAAUGGUGAUAUAGCCAAUGAUCAUUACCAUCGCUACUUGGAAGACAUUGAAUUGAUGCAUUCUCUUGGGGUGAACGCUUACCGAUUCUCAAUAUCAUGGACUAGAAUUCUACCUAGAGGGAUAUUUGGUGAGGUUAAUCCAGCUGGGGUCAUGUUCUAUAACAACAUUAUAGAUAAUCUCUUGCUUAGAGGAAUUGAGCCAUUUGUGACCAUACACCAUCAUGAUUACCCACAAGAACUUGAAGACAGAUAUGGGGGUUGGCUUAGUCCUCUAAUGCAGGAAGAUUUUGUAUAUUUUGCUGAAACAUGUUUUAAGAGCUUUGGUGAUCGAGUGAAGUACUGGGCCACAAUCAAUGAGCCAAACCUGUUUGCUGAUAUGGCUUACAUAAGAGGACACUAUCCACCGGCGCGUUGUUCCCCGCCUUUUGGCAAUUGUUCUGUUGGUAAUUCAGACUUGGAGCCUCUCAUUGCAAUGCACAACAUGUUAUUGGCUCAUGCCAAGACUACCAAGCUAUAUCGUGAGCAGUUUCUGCUAAAACAAGGUGGGUGUAUGGGAAUUGUUGUAAGCGCAUUCAUGUACGAACCACUGACCGAUGAUGAACUUGAUCGUGAUGCUGCAAGUAGGGCCUUGGCUUUCAAUCUGGCUUGGACUUUCGAUCCCCUAGUAUUCGGAGAUUACCCGCCAGAAAUGCGCCAUUAUCUUGGGAAAGAAUUACCCAGUUUCUCACCGGAGGAAGCUAAAUAUGUCAAAGGCAGUAUAGACUUCAUUGGCCUUAACCAUUAUUCAACCUUCUAUGCCAAGGACUGCACCCAUUCUAGUUGCACUCUAGGUGAAGAUCGUGCAAUACGAGGCUUUGUCAACCUUUCUGUGGAGCGUGAUGGUGUUCCAAUUGGACAACCGACAGGGAUGUCCAGAUUUUUCAUAGUUCCAAGAGGCAUGGAGGAGGUCAUUGACUAUCUUAAGGAAAGAUACCAUAAUAUGCCUAUGUUCGUGGGUGAAAAUGGAUAUUGUCCACCGCAGCAACAGGAUGAACAGGUGAAUGAUCAACUCCACGAUGUCAAGCGAAUUGAAUUUCACAAAGGGUACCUCGCUUCGUUGGCCAGGGCAAUAAGGAAGGGAGCCGAUGUUCGCGGCUAUUUUGCAUGGUCAUUGAUGGACAACUAUGAGUGGGUAGCUGGUUACAAGAUCAAAUUUGGACUUUUCUACAUUGAUCGUCAAACCCUAAAGCGGAUACCAAAGCUUUCUGCUAAAUGGUAUAAAAAUUUUCUAACCAACACUAGUAGCCACAAAAUUAAAGAAAUGAUAAACAAAAAUGAGAUGAUCUCUGUAUUGGAAGCCAAUAAAGCAGAAAUUUAGUAAUACACAAGCUUUUAUAUGUUGUUCACAACAGCAUUCUUUAUUUUUAUUUUUUUGAACAGCAACAAUAUUUCAUUGUCAUGUUAGUUAAAUGUUUCUUAUUAUUGCUAAAUGGCACUUAAAAAAAAAAAAAAAAAAAAUUUGUUCUA